AUGCUCUCCACCACUACAUAUCACAAAACGUCUCCCAGCGGCUCAUCGGCUUUUAACUUACAAUCUAUCCAGUCCGAUGAAUCCAGAAUAUGCGUUGUGAUGGUCGGCUUGCCGGCCCGAGGCAAGAGUCUGAUCGCCGGCAAAGCCAUGCGAUACCUCGCCUGGGUCGGAAUCCCCGCAAAGGUCUUCAACGUCGGUACCUAUCGUCGCAGUAACACCCCGCAGCCCCAGGCCACCUUCUUCGACCCACACAAUGAAGAAGGCGAGCGCAUGCGUCGCGCCGCCGCCGAAAUGGCCGUCGCCGACAUGAUCAACUGGUUCCACGACGACACGCAAAAGGGCGUUGUCGCUAUCCUCGACGCAACCAACUCAACCAAGGACCGCCGCAAGUGGAUCUACGAAAGGUGUCGCGAUGCCGAUAUCGAAACCCUUUUCGUAGAAUCCAUCUGUGACGACGAAGAUCUCAUCAUGAACAAUAUCCUCGAAGUCAAGACCGAUUCUCCUGAUUACAAGGGGCAGGACCCUGAGCUGGCGGCGCUGGACUUCCGCAAGCGUAUUCGUAAUUAUGAGAAGGUUUAUGAGACUAUUGAUGACCAUGAGAAGCAGUAUACUUAUGUUAAGCUGAUCAAUGUUGGCUCUACGGUGAUCAUCAACCAGAUCAAGGAUUACUUGUCCAGUCGUCUUGUCUACUAUAUCCAAAACCUUCACAUCAAGCCUCGAUCUAUCUGGCUAUCACGACACGGCGAGUCCGAAUACAACCUCACCGGCAAAAUCGGCGGCGACUCCAACAUCUCCGAGCGAGGCGAAGCCUACGCCCGCGCCUUACCCUCCCUCCUCCGCAAAUCCGGCAUCGUAAUCUGGACCUCGACGCUAAAACGCACCAUCCAAACCGCCCGCCACCUAAAAGCAGAAACAGGGUUCGAAAAGCUAGAAUGGAAAGCCCUGGACGAACUCGACUCAGGUGUCUGCGACGGUCUGACCUACGAGGAGAUCGCCGACAAGUACCCGGAAGACUUCAAGGCCCGCGACGACGAUAAAUACAACUACCGCUACCGUGGCGGCGAGUCGUAUCGGGAUGUGGUUAUCCGUCUUGAGCCUAUUAUCAUGGAACUGGAGCGCAGUGAGAACGUCAUUAUCGUUACGCACCAGGCUGUGCUUCGGUGCAUCUAUUCUUAUUUCUUGAAUGUUCCUCAGGAGAAGAGUCCAUGGAUGGAGGUGCCCUUGCAUACGCUGAUCAAGUUGACGCCUCGUGCUUAUGGCACCGAGGAGAAGCGCUUCAAGGCGGAUAUUCCGGCUGUUUCGACUUGGAGGGGCAAAGGGACUUCGGCGAAGCAUCAGGAGUUUCCGGCUGAGAAUGAGAAGGGUGCUUGA